GUCAAAACUGAACAUAGAACUCACAAUAACAACAGAAACAACUUCAGCUUUUGUUGUUUCCAAUCCAAGUUGUUUGUCUCAGGUUCUUCUCAGUCUUCCAAUCAAGAGGCAUUAAGUAUUGGUUCACCAGAUUAGAAUGGAUCAGCAAGGACAUGGACAGCCCCCAGCUAUGGGGAUCACUGGUAGCGGAGUUCAGAUGCCUUAUGGCACGAACCCGUAUCAAAACCAGGUGACUGGGGCCCCAAAUCCAGGGUCAGUUGUAACAUCAGUUGGAGGCAUUCAAUCCACCAGUCAGCCAACGGGAGCUCAACUUGCACAGCACCAACUUGCUUAUCAGCAAAUCCACCAGCAGCAGCUACAGCAACUUCAGCAACAACUUCAGGCAUUUUGGGCAAAUCAGUAUCAAGAAAUUGAGAAAGUUACUGAUUUCAAGAACCAUAGCCUUCCCUUAGCCAGGAUCAAGAAGAUCAUGAAAGCUGAUGAAGAUGUGAGGAUGAUAUCAGCUGAGGCUCCUGUCAUUUUUGCCAGGGCAUGUGAAAUGUUCAUCUUAGAAUUGACAUUGCGUUCAUGGAAUCACACAGAAGAGAACAAAAGGAGGACACUUCAGAAAAAUGAUAUUGCAGCAGCAAUUACCAGGACUGACAUAUUUGAUUUCUUAGUUGACAUAGUUCCGAGGGAGGAUUUGAAAGAUGAAGUUCUUGCAUCAAUUUCAAGAGGAACAAUGCCUCUUGGAGGACCUGCUGAGGCGCUGUCAUAUUACAUGCCUACCCAGCAUGCACCUCAUGUUGGGACUCCGGGAAUGAUUAUGGGGAAGCCUGUGGUGGACCCUUCUAUGUAUGCCCAGCAGCCUCACCCCUACAUGGUGCAACAGAUGUGGCCAAAAGGUCCUGAGCAACAACAGUCAUCCUCUGACCAUUAGAAGCUCUAGCAUAGAACGUAAGAAGACAAUUCCUUGAGACAUCUUGGGAAUGUUCAAUGGAACGGAAUAAGGAGGCAUCUCCUGGUCAAAAGCCUUGGUCAAGAUUCUAGCUGAAGAUCAUACUUUUUGUAAAUACUAUUCUGGAAGAAUGACUAAUCAUGUUUGAACAAUUUACUUUUCCUUUCCAUGCACCCUUUCCUUUUUCAAUCUUGUUUUGCUACCUCGAUUCUAGUUGGAAUGAUUACUUAGAGAUGUAAAAAUAGAAAUAUCUAGAAAUUUUAUCAUGAAGCACUUAUUUCCUUU